AUGUCGUCAACUAGAAUUCUGCGUGUUGCUACGCGCGCGCAGCCAUCAGCCAUCUUCCGAUCUAAUGGACUCCGAAGCUUCACUUCCCGUGUUGCCCCAACCGUGAGCGCAACCUCUACCAGCUGUUUCAGCACUACAAGCCGCAGUCUGUCUGCCGUCGCCGAUAAGGACGGGCAAGAAGCUUCUCACCACGAGGAGAGCUUCGAGGAAUUCACGGCUAGAUUUGAGAAGGAAUUCGAGCAAGUUCAAGAUGUUUUUGAGCUUCAGCGAAAUCUCAACAACGCUUUUGCCUACGAUCUCGUACCUUCCCCAUCAGUCGUCGUUGCCGCACUAAAGGCUGCAAGAAGAGUAAACGAUUACCCCACAGCUGUACGGAUCUUCGAAGGAAUCAAGGCAAAGGUUGAGAACCGCGGCCAAUAUGAUCAAUAUUUGGAGGAACUUAAGCCACUCCGUGAAGAAUUGGGUGUGAGCUUGAAGGAGGACCUCUACCCAGAGGCUAAGUAG